GAAUUGCCAACUCGGGGAAACAGAUCCAGUUUAGCCUUAAGAUCGACGACAGUGCGUCAGCUCGGUCAGCUGAACUCAGUUCCUCCCAGACUCAGCUAUGGCCUCUCUUUCACCUCAAACCUUCUUCUCUCUAUCAAACCCUAAAAAACCCAAUUCAAAACCAUUCUCAACCCAAACUACUGUCCCCUCAAAACUUUUCCAGAGCCCCAUUUUCUCGAGAACCAAACAGAGAAACCACAGCAACUGGGUGAUGAACUCAGUGCUGCAAGAAGAACUUGACGUGAUCCCAGUACAGAGCCAGGACUCUACAGACAUGCAAGAGGGUGUUGUGGUCAGUCGAGAGGACGGUGAGUUGGCGAGUCAGGUGAGUCAGGUUGGCGGGUUCAGUGAUGGAUCGUUGUCACUUGAAGGGUUCUCUUCAGCUUCUUCUUCAAAUUCAAUUGGAGAUGGAGAAAGAAGAGAUAAUGAAGAAAUGGAGAAGUUGGUUCAUAGAACUAUAAAUGCUACUAUAGCUCUUGCUGCUGGAACUUUUGCCAUCACUAAGUUGCUCACUAUUGAUCAAGAUUAUUGGCAUGGUUGGACCAUCUAUGAAAUACUAAGAUAUGCGCCUCAGCACAACUGGUCUGCUUAUGAGGAAGCUCUAAAGGAAAACCCGGUUUUAGCCAAAAUGAUGAUCAGUGGAGUGGUUUAUUCUAUAGGGGAUUGGAUUGCACAGUGCUAUGAAGGAAAACCUCUUCUUGAGUUUGACAGAGGGCGAAUGUUAAGAUCAGGCCUUGUUGGUUUCAGUCUACAUGGUUCCCUUUCUCAUUACUACUACCAGUUCUGCGAGGAGCUUUUUCCUUUCCAAGACUGGUGGGUGGUUCCUGCCAAAGUAGUCUUUGAUCAAACUGUAUGGGCAGCUCUUUGGAACAGUAUAUAUUAUACAGUUUUGGGAUUCUUGCGUCUGGAAUCUCCACUCAGUAUUUUUAAUGAGUUGAAAGCAACAUUCUGGCUCAUGCUGACGGCUGGAUGGAAACUUUGGCCAUUUGCUCAUCUUGUUACCUAUGGUCUGGUGCCAGUUGAACAAAGGCUUCUUUGGGUGGACUGUGUAGAACUCAUUUGGGUGACAAUACUCUCAACUUAUUCAAACGAGAAGUCGGAAGCAAGAAUUGCUGAAGCACCAACAGAGCCCACAUCCAGUUCUCAGUCUCUAACUCCUCCCAAGGAGUAAAUUAAGUGAAAACAAAUCUGAAACAGAGGAUGAAACAAUUGCUGCUUUAUCCAGUAACAGUCAAACGUAAAUUCUUCAUCCGGAUGUGAAUUACAGCAACGAGAAGUUCCAGUGGCGUAGCUGAUUGCCAUAGAUACUAUGUCUACUAUGCGCAUCUUCUGCACUUGCAUGUGUAUGUAUGUAUGAAAUAUUUAUAUGUUUGGGAUAGCGUAACCACUAAUUGUAAAGAACAUUACAAUUACUCCUAAAAAU